AUGGCAAUCGGUGAUGAAGCAGACGGACAUCGCUAUCGCUGCUGUCUGUGCCGCGCUACGAGAGAAAGCGCACAAAGGAAGAUUCAAGCAAACGUCCUUGGAGGCUUGGCCGAGCUCGUGUCUACACUUUGGCGCCACUGCGACCUAUGUCUGCGCACUGGUCAAAGGAUUCGAGAGUGGUAUCACGACAGAGAUCGCGUAGCUGCAGAUACGGUACUUUUCUCCUCACAAUCUUCCUUGUCUAGCAUGCUAUUUACCCCGAGGAGAAAGGACGUGAUCGGAGCAUGGGACAUGUCGUGGAUGACUUGCAGCUCCAAUAACACUUUCCUUGCGAUACUCUCUCCAUCUGUGCAUGCGCGCUUCGAUACCACUCUGCCAACAAGCGAUGUGUGCGCGCCGCUCGUUUCGGCAACGAUGUGUGAAGUCUUCAAAGUAGUCACUGAAUCGUCACUGUGCAUGAGCCGCUCAAAGGCAAAGUCCGCCACAUCCGUCGAAUCCUUGUCUGACACGCAGCGCCCUCCAUGGCCGUUCUCCGCUCGUGGCCUUUGUCAGUGGCUGGUUGCCGUUAGCCAAGGCAUUUGUAGUCGGUAUGUCACUGUGGAUGAGCGAAUAUAG